CCAGAUGGGCGGGUAAACAGUCGCGAAAUAAGGCAAAAAAUAGACAUUUGACAUACUUAAAAUCAAAGAAGAGCAACUGCCUGUGGCUGCUGUAUCAACAAAGUUAACUAUGGCCAGAUUUUUGGGUUUACUACUUGUAUCAGUUGUUCUGUGGAUGGAAAUGUCAGCUGAUGAAGUAGAAAAUAAAGCGGACAACAUGGCCAAAGCUAUUGAACAACAAAACAAAAAAGUUGAAGAGGAAAGCGAAGCCAUGGAGAAAGCGAUUGAUAACAAAGGAAAACUUGUUGAUGCCAAGGAGGAGGAAGAUAAAUUUGAAAAAGCCAGUGAAAAGAUGGCUGCUGUGGGAGAUGCCGCCGAGAAGAAACUAGAUCAGAAAGCUAAUUUAGUUGAAAAAAUUGCCGAUGACACAAACACAGCAAUUGAAAACCAAGGGAGGAAGGUAGAAGAGCUAGCUUCUGGAGCAGACCUCGCUGAAGAUCGUGCAAGCAAACUGGUGGAGAAAAUUGGGCCCACAAGGCAAGUGACAGAGUCUUUGAAAAGAACAAGUGAAAAGAUCGAGCCGAGUAAAGUUGUCGUAUUUCCUGAUUCAGCAGUCCGGGGAACUGACACCAGAAACAUGCAGAUAAAAGAAUUCCAUCCUAAAAAUGGCAAAGGUAAAUGGUUGGCUGUUCACAUUCCGGACCAUAUCAGCUAUCCACGGAAAAAUGUGAAAAUUAUUACCUCCAAAAAAGUCGCCAAGGAAUUACAGCAUGUUGUAGGACCGAACAAGGAUACCCUGGCCAAAGAGAUCCAGUCUAUUUUAGGCGUUGAUGAAGAAACUUUACAGAGAAUGAUCGCUGAAGGACAAGAGGAUGACGAGGACAAGGUUGAUGAUGAUGACGACGAUAAUGAUGACGAUGUUGAAGGUGACGAUGACGAUGAUGAUGACGACGACAUGAAUGACGAGGACAAUCCAGUAAAAGAAGAUUAUAAUGAUGACAAAACAUCUGAAAUGUGUGAUUCGAAAGCCUACCGCAACACAAAAAUUUGUCAAAUGUUCAAAAAAAUUAAGAAAAAGGUCAAAGAUGGCUCUGGAGAGGACAAUGAUAGCCCGAAAAUUCACGUUGAACAGCCAGAAGGCUUUGAACUUAGAUGGGAAGAUAUUCUUAACAACUUUAAACAUUUUAGUUCAAAAAGAAAAGAACAAGUUUGCAAACUGUUUGGACUACAUAACAGACGAUGUCACCGAGUGAAAAAGCGAAAGCGUGAUUUUAAACGAAAGCUAAAGAAAUAUCUUCUUCGAAUGUUAAGAAAAUUCUUAAAAAAUAAUAGAAGUGAUUUCGAAGAAUAUUUGAGUAAAAAGCUAAAGGAUGCGCUUUCUGGAAGGCUUCAGCCAUCAGACGAUGGUCUUUUGCACAUCUAUUCAAAGAAUUCGGGGAAAAUGAACAUGGAAGAUUUCUUAAAAGAUCUGAAUGAUGGUACACCAACUCGCCCACGUGUGAAUUAUCAAUCCUCGUCCCUAUCUUCUCUCGGCCAAGAUUCUCUCACUAUGGACGACAAUACAGUUAACGGUAAUGUAUUUCGAGUAACGCCACAAAUGAAUAAACUAGCCGGAGACGAGGGUCAAGACGCUCCUUCUGAUGCUGUGUCGGCGCUAAAUAAUAUAAUACAUCCUUUGCUCAAUGAUCAAGACAACAAAAUAGAUGAGAAACUUCAAACGAAGAUAUUACAAGAGGAGCUGGGUAACGUCAAUGCAGAACAAGAAGAACAAGAACGACAGAAAAUCAAAGAUGCCUCAAUGAACGAUCACUUGAUGUACAUGUAUCAGUUACAGAAUCUGGCCAAUCACAGGGCUGGGGUGACGGCGCCGAACGGAGUGAUCGGGGGCCAGCCAAUCAGCGUGGUGAAUCCGCACCAGGUUUCUUUGAUGCAGUUGAACCUUCCCGACAAGAACCCGGAUAUACCUUUGCUAGGUUCCGAUUCAUCGAAACCUUCUCAGCCGGAAACAAAAACGAAGAAAAAGGCAUUUCCUCUCAGAAAACCAGUUUUCGAUUUUAGUAAACAAGUUUUUCCUUUUAGUAAACGGGUUUUUCCACUUCGGAGUUCACCUCUCAGACCAAGGUUGGUUGGAACGUUCAGAAUAAAGUCUCCAGGCCCCUGGAGACCUGCAACGAGAAGCUUUUGGAAACGAGACUUUAUAAAAAAAACAUCAAACAAUCACUCACCUCAGAUGGAGAGAAAGAGGUCAAAGAAAAUAUCUUAAAGAUUGCUAGUUUGACAGUUGUGUGUCUCAGUUACAAUGUAAAUUUUUGUAUGUUUUAAUCCCUAAUCCUUGUGAGACUGAACAUAAAGGUUCAUUAUCGAAGAUAAUAUGGCGUUAAUGUACUUUACUUAUUUAGGGAAACGCACCCAACCGUUUUAUAGUUACGCACUUAGAUGUCGAGGGAGGGUCUCAAACAGUCCUUGAUGACAAACUGAUGUUACGUGCUUGGGUAGAUUAAACCUUUGAG